AUCGUUACCUGUUCAGUCGAAAGUGUUGCGCACACAGAGCGAAAAUCGUCGUCUCGCGUAUCGCGACUUUUAAUAAUAGUUUAUUCAAUAAAUCUUCGGUGUGACGUCGAUAAUGAAGCUCGCCGCCAUUUUAUUGUGCGCUUUGUGCGUUCUGUCGUACAAGGUUGACGCCGACAACGGUAAUUCGUGCUUGGGACAAGAAGGGAUCAGCAUCACUGAGCUUCCACAAUUGUUCAGCGACCAAUCCGAUGAAGCAAUUAGAAGACGCGGUUGUCUCGAAGCUUGCUAUUUCCAGAAACUUGGACUGAUGAACGAUAACGUCAUCAACAUGGACGAGAUCAACAAUCAGAUUGACAAGGUCGCGAGCAACACCGGCAACGCGGAGAAAAUACGGGAGGUUACAACUCAGUGCGCCAAUGACGCCGCCGGCGAUGAUCGGUGCACGGUGGCCCAGAAGUUCGCGCAAUGUGGACUCGAACAGUUGCAAAUUAGCAUCCGCAGCAUGAUGCAACAAAUCGCCUAACGAGUGUCCAGCCAUUGCCACGGUAAUCUUAAUUCUAACGGAAGAUAUGUUGUUGCUACAAUAAAAUGGAAUUAUUAAGUGAAUUAUAUGAAUUAAAAUGGAUUAAAUGGAUUAAGUGAAUUAACUGAA